AUGAAUUAUGAGCAAUAUCGUUUGGGCGUUUUAACCCUCUACCAAAGGCUACUCUGAUGGUCAGAGACAGGGUGUGAAUGAAUGUCUUUGUUUCAAGACAAGGAAGCAGAUACCACGAGCCACAAGUCAUGCCUGUGUUGGCGUGAAGAAGUGCGUGUGUGUGAUCUUAUGGUGCAACCAUGACAAGAGUAGCACUGGCUAAACUUCUCAUCCUCCUGAUCAUCGCCUUGAUCAUCUGCCUCCCAGAAUUCUUCACACUGCACAGAGCAUCAAAAGUUAGCUUCCUCUGUCUGCCCUACCGACCCUGUGAGCGAAGGAAUCAGGUGAGGGGAAAUGGGAAGACUGGGGAUACUGAAAUUAGGGGAAAGGACAUGUGUGACCCUUCACAGGUUCCAGAAUAUGAAAAGUGGGAGGAGGCCUGCGCACAAGAGAAUCAAAGCAACAUGACAGAUCCUGCGUCUGACUCCAGGAGAGACCGUGAAGACCCAGAAAAGAGCUGGUUCAUGUGUGAAACAGAUAUGGACAUGGCAGAAUUACAUAGCAACAGCUCAUCUUCAGCUUUAAAGGUACAUUUCAAGGUGUCAGUGGAGCUUCAGUUCAGAGAUGCAGAGACCCUGAAUCUCACCCUGUAUGGUGGCAAUAAUCAGAGCUCUUUACUCCUCAACCUACCCGAGGAGGAGGAGGAGGAAGAGGAGGAGGAGGAAAAGAAUAAGGAUGAUGAAGGUCAGAGGAAAGCAUUUUACUGCUGUUUCCCUGCCUCACCCACCUCGGAGUCAGCCAAUCAAAGCCGCUGUCUCCUUUGGCUCGCCAAUCAAACAGUUUUGACUGCAACAGAAAAGGGAAAGCUGCCAUGGAAACGGCCACAGAAAGGUUGGUGUCAGGCUGAGAUAGCAGUGCUUCUUUGUUCCCCAUGUGGUUAG